AUGCUGAACGUCGAGGAGUUCGUUUGCCCGGAGCUGCGGCUGGCUAUGUGUCAUGUGAAAGAGGCCAUCCGAAUCAUCAUGCAUUGUCUUGUUGUAUGCCGAAGUCUUGGUGGCACCCAGCCCAUCGAUCUCAAAGCAGUGGUCUCUGAGUUGUUUGACGUAGAGUACCUGAAGAUCAAUGACAGCCAGUUGGUGCAGGAGGUCGAGCGUUUAGUCGAAAAGUUCUCUGAGAUCCUGGAGAACAAUGCUGACAAGUCAGGCCGUGCUCAGCUGGUGUUCAACUUGUACACAGCCAAGAAUCGCAAGCAAAGCAUUUGGAACAUACUGGUCGGCAGCGACGAGAAAAUCGUCUUCGAGCAGUGGCGCAUCCCCGUCGCCGUGCAGCCACUGAACAGGUAUUUGAAUCCUGCUGACAACUUGCGCGAAGAGGCCAAUUUGCAGGCACGCUGGCGCAGCCAAAAGCAAACACAGCUUUGCAGUGGAGCUUCCAAGUCGGUCGAUGCUUCGAGCUCCAGCUCUGGGCAGGCCUCUGCUUCGCAGCAAGUCCAACAGGUUCUCCACUACGUCAUCGCCAGGGCCAACGCCAAGGUGGAGCAUCUUCCGCCUCCGGACAAAGAGCAGACGGCCUACAACUUCGACGUUGCUUUCUUAUCAGGUGAUGGCAAGGACAUCGGGGCCGGGUCUUUGCUUCGGCAGGGCCUGGGCUCCUCACUUCAAACGAUCCGCCAGAUGCCGCCGCGAUCUCACUUCGCUCAGCAUAAGCAAGCCAUGCCUGUGCGUUUCGGGGCUGGGCAAGGUACAUGGCAUGAAUCUGACACAGCUCCCUCGUGA